UAUUUAUGGGUUAUAGUUGAUAACAUCUGUUUCGCUUUACGUCUAGGACUUGGAAUCCCUUCCCAAACUGGCUUGCUGUGAUCCUUGUGUAAGAUAUGGGGAGCCUUUUGGUUAAUAGUUGGGAACCGGAGCAUCACUUAUUGAAUGUUUUGGUAUUAUGCAAAACUGCUUCGUUUGUAAGCUCUGCGGAAAACCGUUCCCCAGGUCUUCAUUUACCUGUUAAGAACAGUGACCAGCACUUUGGGCGCCUUUACACCCUCUCCACCUGGAAUGCAAGUAUCACACUCCAUCAACCUCAGCGCAGGAAAUCUGAACAAACCUAAAAUAAUGGGAUGGAUGGGGGCAGACAAAGGCCCCAAAAGGAUGUUUGUCCCAUCUUGAAAGAUCCCAAGGCUCUUGGAUACACAAUAGAUUUAUUUGAAGAGCAUUUAAAAGAAAAGUUUUCAAAGAUUGACCAUAUAGUAGGUUUAGAUGCCCGUGGAUUCCUAUUUGGUCCCUUGUUAUCACAGCGACUUGGAAUUGGCUUUAUCUUAGUAAGGAAAAAAGGGAAACUCCCAGGUCCCACAGUGUCGUGCAGUUAUGCACUGGAAUAUGGAACGGCUGAAGUGGAGAUGCAAGCUGAUGCUGUGGAACCAGGACAGAAGGUGGUAAUCAUUGAUGACUUAAUAGCAACUGGAGGUACUCUCAAUGCUGCCUGCAGACUGCUGAGGCAACAAAAUGCCGAAGUUCUGGAAUGUACUGUUGUGCUAGAGCUGAAAGAACUUAAUGGUUCUGAAAAUAUGAAACCAGUCCCUGUGCAUUCUCUCAUUUCAUUGAACUAGAUUUAUAUGGUAUCUUGGUGUACUUUGAUUUAAUGUUGUAUUGUUUCUUUGUUGCUGUUUCAGCAGAUGGGUGAAGUUUAGAACUCUCAAUUUUUGGCUUAAGUUGGAAGAAUUCUUUCCCCUCCCCUGCAGUUUAGUUUUUUACUCUUCCACUCAAAUUUUAUUAUGCAUUUGAAGCUGUGGAAGUAUACGUGUUUUCAUCUUGCUGAAGAUGAACAACAUCAAGAACAGUAUUUUGUGCCACAUUCUGCAGCUGUACAAGGCUUUCCGAUUACCUCUGUAUGUAUUGCUCUAAGAUCAGAAAAGUCAUCCGCAGAUAUGGUAUAUUGCAGUCAAAGAUACUUUCUGUAAAUGCUGGCAUUAAUUUAAUUAAUACAUAAUUAAAUUUAAUUUAAUUAAUACAUAAUUAAAUUAAUGCAGUCAAUCUAAUUCAGUAACUCAGUUGUGUAGUUUGACCUUCUUAGCUACUUUUUACCUCUUGUGCAUUUGAGUUGAAUCCUAUAAGACAAUAAUUUAAUGUAAGUUAUGACCUAAUCUCAUAAAUGUUAUUUUGCAUAUGUAAGUUAUUUUAGUGGAUAUUUUGUGCUGUACUUAACAGAGGCCUAUUUUUGAACUACA